CGGUGCUGAAGAGGGUCAGGACCGUGGAGGAGUCUUGGACGAGGGCGGGAGGUCUCCAAGAUGCUGCCUUUCUACCUGCUCGGCAUAGGCCGCGGCCUCCAGCUAGGCCCGCCUCCUUCUCACACCCUACGCCGCCGAAUGGAGGAGCCGGGGAGAGGGCUGUUUACAUUCUCACCUCGCCCGGAGCGGACUAGUUUAGCCCCGCCUCUUCCGUCCCGUUAUUUGAAGCGGUUGGCUGACUUUGGUCGGUCAGAGGUGCGGUCCCAGCGGUGGCGUGCGACAGACUCUGGGUUUGUUUUGCCGGGUGACUCUGUCAGCUUGGCUGUCGACUGCCAGAGUGCUUUGAACUUUUAGGUGGAAGAUGCCAGAAAGUAACUUGGCAGAGCGGAGACACAGAAGCGAGGAGCAGGUGUCUGGUGCCAAAGUCAUCGCCCAGGCCCUGAAGACGCAAAAUGUGGAGUACAUGUUUGGCGUCGUGGGCAUCCCGGUGACCGAAAUCGCUGUUGCAGCCCAGGAGCUAGGCAUCAGAUACAUCGGAAUGAGGAAUGAGCAAGCUGCUUGUUAUGCUGCCUCUGCAGUUGGAUAUCUGACUGGCAGGCCAGGAGUAUGCCUUGUUGUUUCUGGCCCAGGUCUCAUCCAUGCCUUGGGCGGUAUGGCAAAUGCAAAUAUGAACUGUUGGCCAUUGAUUGUGAUUGGUGGUUCCUCUGAAAGAAGUCAGGAAACAAUGGGAGCCUUCCAAGAAUUUCCUCAGGUGGAAGCUUGUAGAUUAUAUAGCAAGUUCUCUGCCCGGCCAAGUAGCAUAGAAGCUAUUCCCACUGUUAUUGAAAAGGCAGUGAGAAGCAGUAUUUACGGUCGUCCAGGUGCUUGUUAUGUUGACAUACCUGCAGAUUUCGUGACCCUCCAGAUGAAUGUGAAUUCUAUAAAGUAUAAGGAGUGCUGUAUGCCACCUCCUGUUAGCAUGGCAGAAACCUCUGCUGUGUGUAUGGCAGCAUCUGUCAUUAGGAAUGCCAGACAGCCCCUUCUCAUCAUUGGGAAAGGUGCUGCUUAUGCCCACGCAGAGGAGAGUAUCAGGAAGUUGGUGGAGCAAUGUAAAUUGCCAUUUUUGCCUACCCCGAUGGGGAAAGGUGUUGUCCCUGACAACCAUCCAAAUUGUGUGUCUGCAGCCAGAUCCAGGGCUUUGCAGUCUGCUGAUGUGAUUGUGUUAUUUGGUGCCAGACUGAAUUGGAUUUUACAUUUUGGACUGCCUCCAAGAUAUCAGCCAGAUGUGAAGUUUAUCCAGGUUGAUAUCUGUGCAGAAGAAUUGGGGAAUAACGUAAGACCUGCUGUGACUUUGUUAGGAGACAUAAAUGCAGUUACUAAACAGCUUUUAGAACAGUUUGAUAAAACCCCAUGGCAGUACCCACCAGAGAGCAAGUGGUGGAAUACUCUGAGGGAAAAAAUGAAGAACAAUGAAGCUGCAUCCAAGGAAUUAGCUUCCAAAAAAUCCCUGCCUAUGAAUUAUUACACAGUAUUCUAUCAUGUUCAAGAACAACUGCCCAGAGACUGUUUUGUGGUAAGUGAGGGCGCAAAUACCAUGGACAUUGGACGCACUGUGCUUCAAAACUACCUUCCUCGUCACAGGCUUGAUGCUGGUACUUUUGGAACAAUGGGAGUCGGUUUGGGAUUUGCUAUUGCAGCUGCUCUAGUGGCUAAAGAUAGAAAUCCUGGGGAAAGGGUCAUCUGUGUGGAGGGAGACAGUGCCUUCGGGUUUUCUGGCAUGGAGGUGGAAACCAUCUGCAGGUACAACUUGCCAAUCAUACUGUUGAUAGUGAACAAUAAUGGAAUUUACCAAGGUUUUGAUACAAAUUCUUGGAAAGAAAUGUUAAAAUGUGAAGAUGCUACUACAGGGGCCCCUCCGAUGUGUCUCCUACCCAACUCACAUUACGAACAGGUCAUGGCUGCAUUUGGAGGCAAAGGGUAUUUUGUACAAACACCAGAAGAACUCCAAAAAUCUCUGAGGCAGACCCUGGAAGACACUACUAAACCCUCUCUUAUCAACAUUAUGAUUGAUCCACAAGCCACACGGAAGGCCCAGGAUUUUCAAUGGCUCACCCGCUCUAAUAUGUAAAUAAGAUGUCAGUGGAUUUCCUUGAGGAAUGUUCUCUUUCCUGCAAGGCAGAAUUUUUUUUUCCACAGCAAAAUUACUACAGUAAUAAAUUGUACAAAAAAAACUAAAAUUACAUUUUAUAAUUAAGGAAUUAAUUAAACACAGAAAAAGUUACCAGUAUUUGUUACAAUUUCAAUCUUAAAUGACCCCUGAAGGUCCAUAUGCUAAAGAUUUGGUCACUAUCCUGUGGCAUUGUUGGAAGAUAAGUAGAUACCAUUAGGAGAUGGGGCCCAGUAAAAGGAAGUUAGGAGAUUAGGGGCUUGCCCUUGAAAGGGGAUAUUGGGAUCCCAGUCUCUUCCUCGCUCUUUCUUUCUUGCUUCUCAACCACCUUGAGGUGAAGAGACCUCCUCUACCACACACUUCCCCAUAUGAUGUUCUUCCCCACAACAGGCCCAACGGCCAUAGGGCCAAGUGAUCGUGCACAGAAACUUGAAAUCCUUAGCCAAAAUAAAUCUUUCUUCUUUUUAAGUUGAUUUUCUUAGUUACAAUGACAUAAAGCUCACUUAAUAUUCUACCACAGAAAUAAUGAUUUAAAGGUAAAAGAAGAGGAAGAGUUCUGUUAAACAAUUGCAUUGUAACUGCCUUUUUUGUGUUGUGGGGGGAUGCUGGGAAUUGAACCCAGGGCCUUGUGUAUGUGAGGCAAGCGCUCCACCAACUGAGCUACAUCCCCA